AGCACCAUCGCAUCGCCAGAAAACGAUAGCCAGGUUACUUAUUAAUUCACAGAGACGCCCACGCCGAACUGUCUCUCUCUCCCAAACUAUGCAGCUCUUAGCUAGACCCUUGAGCAGACCUCCCUAGGUACAAGACAUGUUGUUGAGAUGGCUCGCACGCCGGGGACAAGCGUGCGCAAGGCCUGCCGCAUUCCGCCGGUCCCGGUCGUUAGCGACAGAGGCGCCGCCCGCGUUCCCCAUUACAGCGAGCUGCCCUGAGCCGACAUGUUCAUGCACCGCGACGCCUGCCAUGCCCGAGGGCCUCGAGAUCGACCACAAGACGCCGCUGAACGGACUCAUCUCAAACUAUGCGCAGCACGUACUCGUGUGCACUGGCCAGAACGACUGGCCGUCGCGCAUCGAGGAGGCCAACAGCGGCGACAACCUGGCCGCCGACCUCCGGGAGCUUGUAGGCCGGGGCGGCACAUUUAGCGAUCCCUUCCACAACAUCUCGGUGCUCAACUCGUCGUUCCCGUCGUCCGCGCCAUAUCCGCCGCUAGAGCUGCAGACGACGUCGGCGUACCUGCUGCCCGACUUCAAGUACGUGCCGUUCCUACCGCGCGUAUCGUUCGACAGCGUCAAGGCACUGGUCAAGGGCUACCUACUGCCGGAGAAGCUGCACCCGGCGCACCAGAACCUGUCGCCCAUCCACCGGGACCGCCUGCUGCGCAAGCCGGCCUACCAGAGCCUGCUGUGGGGCGUGCGCGAAGUCAACGACAUCCUGGUGCUCGUGUGCGGCCACGGCGACCGCGACCAGCGCUGCGGCGUCUUCGGGCCCCUGCUGCGCGACGAGUUCGCCGCCCGCCUCCCCGACGCCGGCAUCGACGUCCUCUCGGGCCCCGUCGAGGCUACCGUGCCCGCCGCGGCCUCGCUGCUGCCGUCGCCGGCGACAACUGUGGGCGCAUCGGUCUCGGCCCGCAUAGGCCUCAUCAGCCAUAUUGGCGGGCACAAGUUUGCCGGCAAUAUCAUCAUCUACUUGCCGCCCCGCCUCAAGGCUGCCGGCGGAGAGGCGCAUCCCUUAGCCGGACACGGCAUUUGGUACGGCAGGGUCGAACCGCGCCAUGUCCAGGGCAUUGUGGCCGAAACGAUGCUCAAGGGCACUGUCAUCAAGGAGCUCUUUAGAGGGGGGAUCAAGCAGGGCGGCGAGAUUUUGCGGCUGUAGAUUUUCUUGUAGGUUUUUUUUCUUGGCGUUUUGCUCUCUGGGAGGGAACUUGGAUUUAUUCAGAAUAUAUGUAUUCUACUCUUUGCAAGCAUUUCUAUUUGAUUUAUUGUAUAUAGAAAGUGUUCUCAGGAGAAAUGGGUCAGGGGCUGCCCAUUAAAUGCUUAGUCGUAUUGUAGAGCUAAACCCACUACCCUGCCGCCAACCGCCAAAAAUCCGAGUGCCCCUGUAUCGAUCCU